AUGAGAACGGAUCCCACCACCACUACAGUAUCCACUACCACACAGCCUGUAACUUUUACACUUGUAAAUCCUGGACCCCUUAUGACUAGCUGUCCAGCUGCAUGUCCAACAGGAUGGCAGUAUUAUAGCUCCAGUUGUUAUCAAAAGUUCACAACUACUGCAACAUUUGCUGAAGCUGUGACAGCCUGCGCAUCUCAAGGAGCACAACUGGUCGAGAUUGAUAGUUUUGAUGAGAACGACGCGUUGCGCAGUGAGUUUAGAAUCGUAGAAAAAAUACUUGUUCAGUUUUCAGAAGCUUUUGACACCAACGCGUUGGUCACUGAAGCUCAGGAAAGCUGGAUUGGUUUGUCACUGACCAGUGGAUCUUGGAAAUGGGUAGAUGGGUCCACAGCCGGUUAUACUAACUGGGCACCUACUCAACCUUAUAGUGAUCAGUGUGUUCAGGUGUCACCACCGUUCCCAUUUCCAUUCUCCGACACUAAUCUCAUCUCCGCCUCCCUAAAAAGCUUCUCUCCUAACGAAGUUUCGACCCCACUGAAAAAAGCGGAUAACGCAGUUAGUGCCGUUGGGGUUCCCGAUUCCUUUUUUCGGUGCUCUGCUAUAAUUUUCGUUGUUAGCUGCUUUUUCUUCGACUUCGUCACGUCUUCAGACUUGAAAAACGUUGUCGUCGUCAAAACUCGAAACUCGGUCAUGCAUAUUGUCAAAGACGUGAGAGAGUUCCCAUAUACCUAUUCUAACGGAGCAAUGCUCAAACAAUGGCAACUCGAUAUGGAAGAGGAUUGGGAGGUCUAA